UUUUUACCCAACGGAGCGCAUUGCCUCGUCCUGCCGCUUAAUUAAACGUUAUUAUCGUCUAUCACUCCUGUGCAUUUCGGAGUUUUCAUUCCUCCAUCGCUCCUCCAAGGAAAAUAACAAAACAAUGGGGUGCCGACAAUCCAAAGCUGAUGCGGUCGUGGACCCCACCGCUGGGUCGACCCAGCGACAAGCUCGUGGCAGUCUACGAGACGACCUGACGUCCGACCUCAUCCAGCACAAGUACGUGGACGACAUCAACGAAUUCUUCCACUUCAACGCCAUCAUCGGCACGGGCCACUUUGGCUGCGUCAAACACGCCGUGAGCAAGAAGUCUGGCAAGGAAUGGGCCGUCAAGGUCGUCGCUCUGAGUAACGAAGUGGACCGAGACGCUUUACGCAACGAGAUCAACAUCCUCAAGCGACUGCAUCACCCUCAGAUCGUGCGUGUCAUCGCCUCGUACGAAGACAAGGAGCACAUGUAUAUGAUCAUGCAGCAUUGUAAAGGGAAAGAACUGUACGAUCAUCUGUACCAGGAACACCGCACCUUCUCCGAGAACGACGUCCGGAAGAUCAUCCGUGCUCUGUUGCGAGCUCUGGCGUUCUUGCACUCGAACUUCAUCACUCACCGCGACUUAAAGCUGGAGAAUUUGCUCUUAGAGAACGCCGAGAACCCGGGAUCUCUUCGUCUGUGUGACUUUGGGCUCAGCACACGCUUCAAACGAGGCGAGAAGCUGGAAAAGUCGCUGGGAACGAUCGACUACGUCGCGCCCGAGGUUCUAGACGGCGACUACAACGAGAAGUGCGAUCUCUGGAGCGUUGGCGUCAUCUGCUUCGAGCUGCUCACUGGCGUGUCUCCCUUCCACGCCGCGACGAUCGAUGAGACCAUGGGCAAUAUCUACGACGGAGUGUUGGUCUUUGAGAACGAUGUGUGGUCCACAUUCUCUCCGGCUUCCAUCCUCUUCAUCAAGGCGCUAGUGAAGGACAACGUGGACCAGCGACUGUCAGCAGAGCAGGCGCUGGACCACAAAUGGCUCAGCGAAGGAGAGAUGGCCAGUGUCGAUGGCUCGGGCGCUGCACGGCUACAGAGCGACAAGUGUGUGUUGCUAACCAACAUGCUGAGCUUCAGUCAGUGUCGCAAACUGAAGCAAGCGGCGUUGCUGUCGGUGGCUCUGGGGAUCUCGGAGGAUCAUCUUCAGCAAGAAAUGGCCGCCGAGGUUUUCCAUUCCAUGGACAGCAACAAGAAAGGGUCCUUGUCUCGAGACGAGUUCUGUAGCGCUCUAGUGGAGUGUGGCGUGUCAACUGCCGACGCCGCGGAGCUCUUCACACGCAUCAAUCAGUCGAAAAGCGGCCACAUCAACUACCUGGAGUUUAUGGCUGCUGUCAUGGACCAGCGAGACAUUGGACAGAGCACAAUUAAGGAGGCGUUCGGCAUUCUAGACGGCGAGAAACAGGGCCGUCUGUCGCUUGUUGGACUGCAGGAUUUGUUCAAGAACUCGAUGGUAGCGGAGGAGGUCAAGGAGAUGAUUGCGUCUGUUGACACCAAGGGCGAUGGGUAUGUGGACUUUGAGGCUUUCCAGGGGCUCUUCACUGCCUCUGGGUCUACGCUGCCUCAAGUGGCUGAGGAGGACUCGUCCACUACUGCUGGUAUCGGGAACGGAGAUGUGGAGAGUCCUGACAAGCCAGUGGCGACGUCUCAGAGCUUCUGCACUAGGAACACGGAGAGUACCGUGGACAGUGUCACUGAUCGAACGACGCCUUCCUCGACUUCGGGCUCGUUGGGUUACGCAUCAGGGAAGCCAGAGGAGAGCGAAGCGAUCAAGACAGAGCUAGUGCACCAAAGCGACGUCACAGUCGCGGUGGUAAACGGAUAA